UCAGCUGGAGGCAGUGCAGCUGCUGGUUUUCUAACAAAUCCCGCUUUCUAGAGUCGCGUUUAGUUUCUCCUCCGGGCUUUUAGCGCCUGUUCUCUGCGUAAUGGCGCAUCAGGAGAACUUCUCUACAAACUUUUCUUUACCUGAAACUUGACUUGGGCAGCAGCGGAGUUUGUUCCCGGGCAUGAAGUCAUGAGAGGACAGAUAAUUAACCAUAUAAUUAACCUGCUUAUACAUUCAAACUGUGGACGAUCAUCGCUUAACGCGGACAGAAGCUGAUUUGUCUGUUUGUGAUUCAUGGGCUGAAGGCGCUCGGAGUUUUCUUCUCUUUAUUGAUUGUAUUUUUUGUCGGCGAGGCUUUGGGGAUCCUCUGAGCUCCGGUUUUAACAUGGUUUCAGGAGGAGGAACAGCUGAUCUGACGCCAACAGCUGCUGUAAAAAUCUUGUCCGCUGGAACAGCUGGAUGUGUGGCUGAUCUGGUCACCUUCCCUCUGGACACCGCCAAAGUCCGCCUGCAGAUCCAGGGUGAAGCCAGCAGCUUGUGUGGGGGCCACAGGGCUAAAUUCAGAGGUGUGUUUGGCACCAUGUGGACCAUGGUGGAGACUGAGGGGCCCAGGAGUCUCUACAGCGGACUGAUGGCGGGACUGCAGCGACAGAUGAGCUUCGCCUCGGUCCGAAUCGGUCUGUACGACACCGUGAAGCAGCUCUACAACCGUGGAUCAGAAAAUGCAGGAAUCGGGACUCGGCUGCUGGCAGGCUGCACCACCGGGGCGAUGGCCGUGGCCUUCGCUCAGCCCACCGAUGUGGUGAAAGUCCGCUUCCAGGCCCAGGUCCGGCUGCCUGAAAGCGGCUCGCUGAAGAGAUACAGCAGCACCAUCGAUGCCUACAGGACCAUCGCCAGGGAGGAGGGAGUUAAAGGACUCUGGAAAGGGUGUCUACCAAACAUAACUCGUAACGCCAUCGUAAACUGCUCCGAGCUGGUGACCUAUGACAUCAUCAAAGAGCUCAUCCUGAAGUACAAACUGAUGACAGACAACAUGCCGUGUCACUUCACUGCAGCCUUCACAGCAGGUUUCUGCACCACCAUCGUAGCGUCUCCGGUGGAUGUGGUAAAAACUCGCUUCAUGAACUCGCUUCCCGGCCAGUACAGCGGUGCCAUUAACUGUGCACUAACCAUGCUGAUUAAAGAGGGACCCACAGCUUUCUAUAAGGGCUUCAUGCCCUCGUUUCUUCGUCUGGGCUCCUGGAAUAUCGUGAUGUUUGUGAGCUACGAGCAGAUUAAGAGAGCUGUGAUGAGACUUCAGCACUCCUGGGAGUCUCCGAUCGGACCAGUCUAACUGCUGGUUUGGCUCUGAAGCUGCACCGCAUCAGUCGGUGGUGUGGUUAUGACUGCUGUUGGUCUGGGCUUGUUCAUCCUCAGGGAUAAAACUGAAUGCGUUUGUCAUUAAAGAGGACUUAUGAUGCUUUUAUUUAGUUUCUAUAUAUUAUAUUACUGUGGUAGAUGUUCAUAUUGAACACGGUGAAAAGUCAGGCUUCAAACCACUCUGAAUAAAAGGUUUCCAAAUACUGUAUGUUCAUCAAGGUGUUGGCAGUCCAGCUUACAAAUGCUGGGUGCUUACCCUCAGUAGGCUUCCAGAAGUUGGCCAAUCAGAAGAAAGUGGGCUUUUAGGGAGGGGGGCCUUGAGGAGUUGUAUUAAAAGCCAGUUUACAAUGAAAAAAACAUUAAAAAUGAGCAUAAUAGGUCCCCUUUAAAGAGUUCAAACGCCAAAGAGAAAUGGCAGGGAUGAUUAAUGAUGAUGUUUUUCUGAUUUAAUUAUUAGAAUAAUCAAUGUUUUCUAAUGUUUCUAACUGACCUUCUUUCAUUGAAGACAUUCUGACAUUGUUGCUGUUUUCUAGACACAGUGACAAUCAAGAUGUCUGCAGUGAAAAAUGUCUGUUUAUAGAGUGAAAUAUGGUGUGGAUGGUAAUGCAGAGCUUCCUCCUGCUGCAUUUACUUUGAAGGGAAUUUUUAUUUGCUCAGUACAUUUAUGCAAACAAGGAAGUGGACUCCGGGUUGUGUGUCUGGUGUUGAACAGCGAUAUGUGUGUAAAUACAGAGACAACAGAUUAAACUGUUUAAUGUACGAAGGAAUGUGUGCCAAAGGGUGUGAGAGUGAACGGAGCACAAAAAUAAAUAUUAAAUGUGGAAUGUAAGUAUUUUGUAUUGGUCGGAUUUUGUAUUUCACUUUACUAAUUCUAUGGUGUAGUGGAAAAAUGUAGUCUUUUCCAGGAAUUUUUUGGAAUCAGCCUGGCAGCUGGCGCUUAUUUCCAAUCUAGACUAAUGUGCAGAUUAUUUUGCAAAUAAUCAAGUAGUUAUCCCGCAUUUAAAACAACAAAGAUACUAAGUAUGUAGUUUUAAACACAGACUGAAGCCCCUAAAGUUCAAAGAUGUUCACAUUGUUAUUAUGUCAAGUGAAGAAAAGAAGCAAAUUCUUUAAAAAAGAAAAAAAAAGCUGGAAUUGGCAAGUAAAAUCUAAAUAAUGGGUUAUUCAUUUUCUGUCAGUCAGUCAGUUAGUUUAUUGAUUGAUCGAUCAUUUCUGUGUGCAGCUCAGGUUGGAGCAGACAUCUUGACUAGUCAAGAAGAAGCUACAGCUACAAGGAGCUACAGCUCUGGGUCUGGGAGAGGAACUAUUUUAAAAGCUACAUGUAUUGCGGUAAUAAUUUGUGCCAGAGCAGACCCUCGUUAGCACUUCCGCUAGCUCGGCUAACACUUCCGGUCACUCCAGGGAUGCCAUUGUCGGUUCAUAAAUAGACUGAUGAAAAGUCUUCGCACCAUUCGGUGCUUGGACCCUAAUAAAACCGUCAUUGGUUCUCGUUAAUGAUUAAUUGACUCUUAUUUUGAAAGGUCAGAUUUGAGCUAAGAUGAUUUUUCUGUUUCCAAACCAGAAUGUUUGAUGUUUGUUUAUUUUCUAAUUUUAUUUUAUGGAAAUAAAAUCAGUUUGAUGUAAAAAUCGUCAAUAAAACCAAUAAGGCAGCUUUUAAUGA